AUGCGGCCGCCGCUCAAGCUCUUAAAUCGUAUGGCUGGCGCGUCCCGCCCCCUCUCGUCAGCCAAACCCUUUAACGCAGAAGCCUACGAGCACCAGUAUCUAGCCAAUACAUACAACCCCGAUGGUGUACGUGGCGAGAAGGGGCUCGUGUUUACACAUGGCAAAGGCAGCAAAUUGUACGACGAACAAGGCCGCGAGUUCUUGGACUUUUACGCCGGCAUUGCCGUGUCGGGGCUCGGUCAUGGGGACGCAGACUGGUACCAGAGUCUCGUGGAGAAUGGCAAGAAAGUGACGCACGUGAGCAAUUUGUUCCACUCGAAGGCGCCGCUGGAACUUGCCAAGACGCUUGUGGACAAUUCGUGCUUUGACAAAGUAUUCUUUGCCAACUCCGGCACUGAAGCCAAUGAAGGGGCCUAUAAGUUUGCGAGACUUUACGCGAAUCAGGUUGCUCAGGGGACACCUGUCGAGAACAAGAAGUUCGAGUUCAUCUCGUUCAAACACGGGUUCCACGGUCGAACAGCUGCUGCACUAACGCUGACGCACAAGCCGAAGAUUCGCCAAGCUUUCAUGCCACUCGUGCCCGGUGUGCACUAUGCCGAGUACAAUGACAUUGAGAGUGUCAAGAAACUCAUUUCGGACAGAACGGCGGGUGUGAUCAUUGAGCCCGUGCAGGGAGAAGGAGGCGUGUACCCUGCCGACUAUGAGUUUAUGCGUGAGCUUCGUGCUUUGUGUGACAAGCACGACGCGAUGCUGAUCACGGACGAGGUCCAGUGUGGUCUUGGCCGCACGGGCAAGCUCUUUGCCCAUGAGCUCUAUGAUGUGAAGCCUGAUAUUAUGACGCUGGCAAAACCGCUCGCUGGAGGUCUACCGAUUGGUGCCGUGCUCAUGUCGGACAAAGUAGCGUCGGCGAUCAGCCCUGGCCAGCACGGCACGACCUUUGGUGGGAACCCGUUGGUGUGCGCUGUGGCGAGCACGGUGCUCAAAAAGAUUAUGGACAAAGACUUCCUCGCCAAGGUGCAGAAGCGUGGUACCUACUUGGCGAACGGUCUGGAAAAGCUACAGCAGAAAUUCCCCGACAAAGUAGCAGAUGUGCGCAAGCCGAUUGGGAAGGGUGGGCUAUUCGUUGCCCUUGAAUGCAAAAAGCCCGUCAAUGCACUCAUCGAGUACGCACUGUCGAAGCAAGUGCUCAUCAUUUCGGCUGGUGAAAACACGAUUCGCCUGUGUCCACCGCUUGUUGUGGACGAGAGCGACAUCGACAAGCUUCUUGACGUGUUCGAGAAGGCGUUUGAGGAGAAUGUUCUGUAA